AUGACGGCGAUCUACAUCAAGAACCGCCUGCCUUCACCCAAGAUCGACCACAAGACUCCGUUCGAAAUUGUGUACAAGUCGAAACCAAGUGUCAAGCACAUGCGCGUGUUUGAAUGUUGGACGUUUAUCCUGACACCAAGGGAGAAGCGAUUGAAGUGGGACCCGAAGGCUCGUGAAGGGAUGUUCAUGGGCUACGAAGAAGCGUCAAAAGCUUAUCGAGUGUACGACAUUGAGGCGGACCAAGUGGUGAUCAGUCGUGACAUCACCUUCGACGAAUCGACUUUUGACUUUUCGAUGGACCGACCAAGUGACGAUGAUGAAGAUGCGGAGUUGGACCUCGACCUCCUGGCGAUCAACGAGGACGACGUGCGUCAAACUGUCUACAAGCAGACUGGCAAGCGCAAGAGUGAAGCAAGACCCGGCAUGUCACGUUCAGCUCGCCCUCGAACUGGGUUGGAACAAGCAAGUGCGCCGGAACACGUCUCCUGA